GGUGUCACGCUUUAUAUAUAAAGCAUCAAAUUAAUAUAAUGCCAUCAGAUCUGAAUCAAAUAAAAGAAUGUGAAACAUAAACCUUGUCAGAUUCAGAAUAUUAUUUACUAAUCGGAGUUUGACCAGCCUCACCUCUGCACGUUAUCAUUAAUGUCUAAUUUCUUUUGGAUAUGAUUUUGGUUGACGUAUAUAUGCAUGUUCCACAUUCUAGUUAUUUAUUAUUUCAUCCUAACUUUAAUUAAUAAAUCAAAUAAUUACCAGCUCAUUUACAAAUCUCACAUUGACCAUGAUAACAACUAUAUAAAGCAGUAGCAUUUUUUCUUUAGUACUCCUUGUGCAUGAAUAUUCAAUACUAUACUUCUUCUCAAUUGCUUACUAUUACUUUUAACUCUAUAUUGUUAUGGCCGCCUUCCGCCGCUCCGGUUGCGACGCUGAGACGCCGCUUCUCGAUGACACCGUCCAGGAUGUGGUUGACUAUGAAGGCCGUCCGGCAGUAAGAUCGAGAUCGGGUGGCUGGAGGUCAGCCGCUUUUAUCAUAGGUGCUGAGGUGUUUGAGAGGUUUGCUUGCUAUGGUGUUCGUUCCAACCUUAUCAACUUUCUAACCGGACAGCUGGGACAAUCCACAGCUGCGGCGGCCGCCAACGUGAAUCUAUGGUCGGGAACGGCAUGGUUGCUGCCUAUGUUAGGAGCCUUCGUGGCUGAUUCAUUUCUUGGGCGCUACCGUAGCAUUAUUUUCGCUUCUCUGGUCUACAUUCCGGCACUAGGUUUGUUGGCUCUGUCGGCUUUACUAUCUCCUGGUGGGUUCAAAUCAGUAUUAUUCUUCUCUUCCCUAUAUCUAAUCGGAGUCGGACAAGGCGGACACAAACCUUCCCUUCAGGCUUUUGGAGCCGAUCAAUUCGACGGAAAAGAUCCAGAGGAGUCCAAAGCCAAAAGUUCAUUCUUCAAUUGGUGGUAUUUUGGUAUAUGCACAGGCAUUUUACUAGCAUAUUUAAUAGUAUGCUACAUUCAAGAAGAUAUCAGCUGGGCUCUGGGUUAUGGAAUUCUUUUCGUUGGGAUGGUGAUUUCUUUGGUGGUUUUCUGGAUUGGAGCUAGAACUUAUAGGUAUACCAAUAUUAAACAAGACGAAAGUAGCCCAUUUGCUAGAAUUGGCCGAGUGUUUAUUGCAGCAUUUAGAAAUCGGAGGUUCUCCCCAUCGGCAAUUCCAACCGAAGAGGAAUCUCAUAAAGCCUUACCUCCACAAAGUUAUGAACAGUUCAAGUUCCUCAACAAGGCCUUAAUUGUACCAGUUGGCUUGGAAGAAGAUGAGAAGAUGCAUUGUACCAUUGAUGAGGUUCAAGAUGCAAGGUGUUUACUCAGACUUGUGCCAAUAUGGGGAACAUGCGUUGUUUUCGCUAUAGUUUUUGCACAAUCUUCAACUUUCUUUACCAAACAAGGAGCUACAAUGAACAGAGAACUUAUUUCUGGGUUUGAAAUACCAGCUGCUUCGCUGCAAUCUUUCAAUAGCAUUGCCAUCGUUCUCUUCGUUCCAGUUUAUGACCGCAUUCUCGUUCCAAUAGUAAGUUCAUUCACAAGAAAACCAUCCGGAAUUACAAUACUACAAAGAAUCGGAACAGGAAUAUUGUUGUCAAUUCUUACCAUAGUAGUUGCAGCCUUUGUUGAGACGAAAAGACUUAAAACAGCUCAAGAAUAUGGUUUGGUCGAUAUGCCAAACGCGACCGUUCCGAUGAGCAUGUGGUGGUUGGUUCCUCAAUACAUUUUGCUUGGCAUAGCAGAUGUUUUCACAAUGGUUGGUAUGCAAGAGUUUUUCUCAGAACAGGUUCCAACUGAAAUGAGGAGCAUGGGAGUCUCACUCUACCUUAGUAUUCUUGGUAUGGGGAGCUUUCUAAGCAGCUUUCUUAUCUCGGCCAUUGAUCAAAUUACUAGCGGUUUUGGUCAAGAUAGUUGGUUUUCUAGUAAUUUAAAUCGAGCUCACAUCGACUACUUUUAUUGGCUACUUGCUGGGAUAUGCGCAGUUGGAUUUGUUGCCUACUUGUGUUUUGCAAGAUGUUACAUUUAUAAACUAUAAGGAUUCAUAUAUAUUUUAUAUUUUUUUUAUGUAAUAUUUUUUUAGUACUAUUAUUUCUUCUGUCUAUUUGUUAAUACAGUUUCCAAACGCUUAACUUGUUUGCAAGUGAAUUUAAUAUGUAUAUCAAGCUAUAUCAGUAUCUAUAACAAAUUAAACUUUUGAUAUUUA